AAUUAAAUCAAUUAUCAUCUCAUCUAUCAAUUAUCAAAAUUUCUCGAGCUCUAAAACUGGAAGGGGAUUAGAUUAGGUCUCAUUGUUGUCAAAAUACCAGGCUGUGACGCUGACUCAGCAAAAGCACCAAAACCAAGCCUUCUAAACAACCCAAAAACCAGAAACUUCUCCUGUUUUGAAAAACCCAUAAAAAAUUUCCAAAUUCAAUUUCAUACGAAAAAUCAAAUUAAAGACGACAACUUUUCUGGGUUUUCUUUUUAUUUCUUGGAGCUUUUAUUUGCUCACUAAUUGAUUAUAAUUUUAAAGCUAAGAAAAAGAGUAAGAACAGGAGUUUUUAAUCAAUGGUGGGUUAUCAGCUUGUAAAGUCUUCUACUUGCCAAGAAUCUCUUAAAGUUAUUGAAGCUGAUGUACAACAUGCCAAUAUGCUGGCUGCUUCUAUUCCAAGAAACAAAAGUGGAAAUUGGCUUCAGAUGAAAGUAGUUCACAGUGACUUGGCACCCCUUAUCCUUUACUUGCUCCAGUGGAUAGAUUGCUCAUGUACAUGCCUACUCACAAGCUGUUUCAAUCUUUUCUAUGUAGUCAUAUAUAAGGUAAAUGCAGAUGGUAGACCAGAUAUGUCGUCAUAUGGGAGGAGAGCAACAUUGAGGGAAUUCUAUGCUAUUAUCUUACCCUAUCUUCAGCGACUCCAUGGGAAUAUGUCUGAGCUAAACAAUGGUGCCAAUGUGAGUAGUAGUUCAGAAUCGAUAGUCCGGAAGAUUGCUCAGAAGAGUAGAAAGCUUUCAGACAUUGAUUUUGAGAGAGAAGAUGAAUGUGGAAUCUGCUUGGAGCCUUGCACCAAGAUGGUAUUGCCCAAUUGCUGUCAUUCAAUGUGCAUCAACUGCUACCGGGACUGGAAUUUGAGAUCAGAAUCCUGCCCAUUUUGCCGGGGUAGUAUAAAAAGAGUUCAGUCAGGGGACCUGUGGGUUCUCACUUGUGGCACUGAUGUGGUUGACCCAAAAACCGUUAUGAAAGAGGACAUAUUGCGUUUGUAUCUCUAUAUAAACAGUCUGCCAAUAGAUGUUCCUGAUGCUGUGUUCUUAAUGUAUUAUGAGUACUUAAUCUAAAUGGUGCUAAAGCAGGAAGACAUUGUACAGUCUGAAAGAAAAGUAAAUUAAGAAAUUUGUGAAUAUUGAGUUGCAAAGACCGCUUCACCCAAAUGCAGAAAUAUGUAUAUGGUUUUAUUAUA